AUGUCGAUUCGCUUUGGCUUUUGCUUCCCGGCGGCCACUGGGCACCUCAACCCCUCGCUGCCCAUCGCCCGGAAGCUGCUUGAGCUGGGCCACGAGGUGCACUACUUGUCAAGACCGGAGAUGCGGGCAAAGAUCGAGCAAACCGGUGCCAGCUUUUCGGACACGACGGAGGAGAUGCCGGAGCUCUUCGCUGGCCGUGAGACGGACAUCAUGGGGGCCAUGAGGGCGCUGGGCACGGAGCUGGGCAUCGUAGACGCGCCGAUGAUGGUGGGCAUGCUCAGCCUUGGGCCGAUCCACCUGGAGCUGCAGAUGCCGGGGGCCAUCCGCUGGAUGCAGCGGGUGAAGCCGCAGCUGGUGCUUUUUUGCCCCUUCAUGAACCCGGAGGCGGUCUAUGCGGCGAGGUAUUUGCAGAUUCCAGCUGUAGGCUUGUGGACCUUCGCGGGUCCGGGCAGCAUGAUCGGCAUGACAGACAUGUUCUUGAUGCAGACUGGCCUGGAGCCAGCGGUGAUUUUGGAGGAGGUCGAGGCCUUUCAGCCGACGCUGGACUGUCGCCGGCGCUUGGAGGAGAAGUAUGGCAUCGAGCCGGACGUCAGAGCCAUGCUGAAUCCGCAAGGCUUCAUGCCCACCAUGUGCUUGACCCGUUACAACUUGGUCACCACUGGAGCGGACUUCCAGGACCCGGUGACGCCAGAGCUGACCGCAGCUUACGACGACGCUGGCGCCACAUUCGUGCCGGUGGGGCCUUUGCUGGAUGAGACCCCGCCGCAGCGUGUGGAGGGUCCGGUGGACCCUGUGCAGGCGGUCAAGGAUGCCCGCAGUGCUGGGCGCCAGGUGAUCCUGGUGAGCAUGGGCACCAUCCUGGUCUCCGACACCAGCACGGUGGGCUGGCACGAGGUGCCCAAGGAUGGCACCGAGAACCCGAAGGGCGUCACUGGCAAGCAGCUCUGCCAAGCCGCCUGGUCGGCGGCCUUCGACGCCUUCGGGGUGCAGGGAGCCGUAGACCAAGCCCCGCUGCUGGUGGUGGCCAUCGGAUCCCAGCCCGACGCCUUGGAGAACCUCACCGUGCCUAGCAACGCCCUGUGCCUGCCCCACUUGCCCCAGGUGGAACUCCUGCGUGCCGGCGUGGAUCUUUUCUUGACGCAUGGGGGACAGAACAGCUUCAUGGAGUCGUUGAUGGCAGGCGUGCCGGUGGUGGUUUGCCCUGGCUUUGCCGACCAGAUCGCCAACGCUAUGAGGGCAGACGCCAUGCAGGUGGGCCUUCAGAUCCAGCGGCCCCUGCCGGAGCACGGCCAGGAACCUGAGGCGCUGAAGGCCUACCAAGGCCAGGUGACCGCCUGUCUGCGCCGCGUGCUGGCUGAGGAAAGCUUCCGUGAUCGUGCACAGUACUUUGGCAACCGACUUCAGCAGGAGGGCGGCGUGGCUCGCAGCGUGGAGAUGCUGCUGGCCACCGCAAGAGAGGGCCUGCCGCGGCUGCUGGGCAGCCGCGUUGAGCUCGCGAAGCCGGACGCGGCAGAGAAGCCCGCCUUCAAGAUGCAUGCCGAGCUUUCGCGCAAGAAGGAGCUGUUGGAACUGCUGCAAGACUGGCUUUCCAUCGAGAUGUUGGAAGGCAAGGGCAUCCCGGUGAAGCAGCUUGGGCCAGAGGUGGCCUUGGCCGUCUUCAUGGAGGUGGAGCGCUACGAGUCGAUGCCCAGGUCGCUACUGCUGGCGGAGUACGAGAUGCUGGGCAUGCCGAGUGAGCCAAAGUUGGAUGACAAAGAGCUUCAGCGAAGGCUCAAGCAGGCGCUGGUUUGGUCGCAGCUGGAGGUGGAGGAGCUACAGGAGGAGUGCCAGGCGCGGGAUAUCCCGUUGGCGCACGCCAGCCAGGAGGAGAAGCGACAGCUGCUGCUGGACAAGCUCAUCCUGAGCCUGGGCGUGGAUGGUUGGGAAAAGCAAGGCAUUCCCGUUGGCCGCCUGACCAGCAUCGAAGCUGCCAUCAUGAUCGUUGAGGAGCUGGCACGCUUGGAGGAGGAGAAAGAGGAGAAGGUCAAGGAUGCGUACAAACUCCUGGGUCUGCCGCACGAGGUCCUAGACAAAGCUGCUAUGAUCUCGCGGCUGAAGCACUAUCUCGUCUGGCAGGAGCUCAGGCCUUCGGAAUUGCGGAAAGAGUGCAUCAAGCACAACAUCCUGGCCUCAGGGGAUUUGGAGGAUCUCGUCACCAUGCUAGUCUUGAAGAGCUGGGGAGUUCUUCCUGAGGAAAGCGCUACAGAUCGGAACAGAUUUCAGCCUCCGCCUCGGCGGCCGGCACCAGCGCCGCCGCCGCCAGCGUCCACGAAAGUGGCCAGCGCCUUCCAAGUGCUCGGCCUCGAGGUCACGGCGCCUCAGGACCAGGUGCGGAAGGCCUACCGCCGCCUUGCGCUGCAACAUCAUCCGGACAAGAAUCCGGGGCUGCAGCAGGAGCAGGCGGCCAAGAAGUUCCAGCAGAUCACCAGCGCCUACGACAUCGCCAUGGGGCACUUGAAGCUGGUGGCAGCCCACCGCUGA